UGAACCAGAGUAACCCUGAGACACUGGAGCGUUUGCCUUGUUUGCUUCUUGUACUGCUGAACCAGCUGUUGAGCCCAGCCCUGUUACAGCAACUGAGUUCGAAAUUUUAAACUGCGCAUUUAUUUUCUGACAGCCAGAAGACGUGAUAUAAUGGAGACUGCAGGCAAGGUUAUCAAAUGCAAGGCGGCUGUUGCUUGGGAGCCAGUGAAACCCCUGUCUAUUGAAGAGGUGGAGGUGGCACCACCACAGGCUCAUGAAGUUCGCAUUAAGAUGGCUGCUACUGGAGUGUGUCACACUGAUCUCUAUGUUCUGAAUGAUGUUAAAAACAAGAAAGGGUUCCCAGUGAUCCUGGGACAUGAAGGAGCUGGGGUUGUGGAGAGUGUUGGAGAGGGAGUGACCAAAUUCAAAUCAGGUGACAAAGUCAUUCCUCUCAUUAUUUCCCAAUGUGGAGAAUGUGAAGGCUGUCGGAGUCCCAAAACCAAUCUUUGUGAUAAAAACUGGUAUAACUUGUCACACGACAUGAUGCUUGAAAAGUCUAGGAUUACCUGCAAGGGGAAGCAGAUCCUCCAUUUCACUGGCACUAGCACCUUCUGCGAGUACACUGUAGUGGCUGAUAUCUCUGUGGCCAAGAUUGAUGGCUCGGCCCCUCUUGAUAAAGUCUGCCUGCUUGCCUGUGGCAUUUCCACUGGGUAUGGAGCUGCACUCAACACUGCCAAGGUUGAACCUGGCUCUUCCUGUGCUGUGUUUGGUCUGGGAGCAGUGGGCCUGGCCACUGUGAUGGGAUGUAAUGCAGCGGGAGCCUCUCGGAUCAUUGCAGUCGACAUCAACCCAGCCAAGUUUGAGAAGGCGAAGGAGUUUGGAGCCACUGAGUGCCUCCGCCCCCAAGAUCACAGCAAACCUGUCCAGGAGGUGCUGGUGGAGUUGACAGGCAGAGGGGUGGACUAUUCUUUUGAGUGUGUCGGCAACGUUGAGGUUAUGAGAGCUGCCCUUGAGGCUUGUCGCCAAGGCUGGGGAACAAGCGUUAUUGUAGGCUGGACCGAGCGUGAGGAGGUUUCCGUCUCUCCAGUGCAGCUAAUAGGCGGGCGCACAUGGAAGGGGACAUGCUUUGGAGGAUGGAAGAGUGUGGAGAGUGUACCUAAGCUGGUGAAUGAUUACAUGGCAAAGAAAAUGAAGCUGGAUGAGUUCAUUACCCACACUCUGCCCUUGGACCGUGUUAACGAUGCAUUUGACCUGCUGACUUCUGGGAAAAGCAUUAGAACAGUCCUGGUAUUUUAGGUUUGGGAAGCCUCUCACAGAAACUAUUCCUCAUCAAAUCCCAUCAACAACUUUCUGUGUACCCAAAAUCAUACUGUUUUUGUAACUUUUCACAUUGUGCAUGCUCACUAUAAAAUCAGUACCUAUUUUAUCUGUCUGUCAAUCUGUUUAGAAUUAUAAAACUACAUCCCCCAGAAUGCACUGAAUUAUCUGGGAAAACUUGCAUCUCCCCUUUUAGACCUGUGCUUACUGCACCCUCGAAUGGGUGUGUUGAGUGAUAAUUAUAACAUUAAAUAUGUGUUUUUGUAAACAAAGCAAACACUCUGUUUGCAUAAAGAGGAACGUCAGAUCAGAUUGAAUGAUUUGUAAACGUGAAGUAAAAUGAAUAUGUGAAGGCUAUGUAAAAUCUGUAUAAUAAACAUGUCCAGUGGUAAAAACAAUGUGGCAGUGAAAUGGUUGAUUUCUGUAGGGCACUACCUGUAACGGAAAUUUAUUGAGAGAAUCAUUGAACACAGAUGUGUACCAACUAUAAAGAAAGUCAGCAUCAUUGAUAGGUCCAAUAUUUAAAAUAGUAUUCAAUUGAAAGAUUCUGAUAUAUACAGUGCCGAGAAAAAGUUUGUGAACCCCAAUGAU